UUUUCAAUCAGUCUUUGACAGAACAUCGUGCAAUUAAGAAGUUAACGUGAGUGCUACAGGAAUUGUGGAAUAAAAUAGUUGAACUAAAAAUAUUGGUGCACAAAUUGCGUCAUUUCACUGCUAAUUGAUCAAAUAACAAGCAGCGUAGUACAUUGAUUACUCAGUGAUAAUGCCACGACGAGGAAGGUCAGCAUCCCCGCCGCCGGCACAGCGCAGGUCCGCACCGGUUGCAGCCGCUCCGCCCCGUCCGGCACCAAGUCAACCGAUGGUACAGCAUGCCCCUCCUGCGGCAGUCGGUGCACCGAUGGCCGCUCCCAGUCAAGGUCCAGGAUUGAUGGCUCAGAUGGCAGCAACGGCCGGUGGUGUAGCAAUCGGUUCCGCCGUUGGUCAUACCGUUGGACAUGCGCUUACCGGAAUGUUCAGCGGUUCCGAUUCGAAGGAAGCCGCUCCAGUCGGACAGGCACCGCCGGCUCAGCAAUACGCUCCGGCUCCCACCGGUGAGGCUAACAACUCCGGUCCGUGUGCUUGGGAGAUUAAGCAGUUCCUUUCCUGUGCUCAAGGGCAAGCCGAUUUGACCCUAUGCGAAGGAUUCAACGAGGCGCUGAGACAGUGCAAGAUGCAGAAUCAUAUGUAAAAAGUGCGGGAAACAGCGGGUGGCCAAACCGCACCGAGUGUCGAAUUCAAAAUUUAAGUAGUCUGAAUCAAUAGUGUUCGCUUGGAAGAUGUUGAAUAAAACAGAGUUGGUUUA